AUGAAAUCCCCAAGAAUGAGAGCCUGUGCCAAGUCAGUGCUGCUGUCACACUGGGUCUUCUUGGCCUACGUGUUAAUGGUGUGCUGUAAGCUGAUGUCCGCCUCCAGCCAGCACCUCCGAGGACAUGCAGGCCACCACCAAAUCAAGCAAGGAACCUGUGAGGUGGUCGCGGUGCAUCGGUGCUGCAACAAGAACCGCAUUGAAGAGCGCUCGCAGACAGUCAAGUGCUCUUGCUUCCCAGGGCAGGUUGCAGGCACAACGCGGGCUCAACCUUCCUGUGUUGAAGCUUCCAUUGUGAUUCAGAAAUGGUGGUGUCACAUGAACCCAUGCUUGGAAGGAGAGGACUGCAAAGUGCUACCCGAUUACUCAGGUUGGUCCUGUAGCAGUGGGAAUAAAGUCAAAACCACAAAGGCAGUUCUUUCCUUGUUGGCUCAUAGCCCUAUAUCUCUGAGCAUGUACUAUGGCAUCAGUGAAUGGACAGCUGUACUCAUUUGCUUAUUGCUGCUUGCUGGUGAAAGGAGGAACUGA